UCCAUCAACCUCCUCCUUCGACGUCUUGUCCUGCAGCAGCUUCGCUUCACUUUCUCCUCCGCCAUUUCUGAACCUUUUCCCAAUCACUCUCUCUCUUUCUCUUUCUCUCUCUCUUUUCCAUGGCUUUACAUUUCUCUCUCUCUCCUCCGUCGGUCAGAUCGUCGCCGUCGUUUCCCUGCAGUGGAAGGCAGCCGAUCGCCACACUUUCCGAAUCGAAGAGUGGCUGCUUCAGUUCGAGGAGCUUGAGUCUCUCUAGUAGCAGAAGCAUUGGUGUUUCCGGUAGGAAUGGGUCCUUCAAGGUCAAUUCAAGCUUGGAGACUGCCGGCGCUACUGUUGGCCAAGUCACUGAGGUCAACAAGGAUACUUUCUGGCCCAUUGUCAAUGCCGCUGGUGAUAAAACCGUUGUGCUCGACAUGUACACCCAAUGGUGUGGACCCUGCAAAGUGAUGGCCCCCAAAUUUCAAGAUUUGUCUGAGAAAUAUCUUGACGUUGUCUUUCUAAAGCUUGAUUGCAACAUAGACAAUAAGCCAUUAGCAAAGGAACUUGGGAUAAAAGUGGUGCCAACUUUCAAAAUUCUAAAGGAUAAAAAGGUCGUUAAAGAAGUAACUGGAGCAAAGUUUGAUGAGUUGGUUCAUGCCAUUGAUGCUGUAAGAUCCAGCUGAAAACUCUCCUCUCUUCUCUUCUCUUCUCUUCUCUUCUUUGUAAAUUCAAAUAAUAUGAUGCAAGGAAGAGUAUUCAGGACAGUUAUUUAUUUUACUCUAUUAGUUUAAUGAUUUUGUGUACUGUCAAGUGUUAAGGAAAAAGCAGUUCAACCAUGGGAAAUGAUUCUGUAUAUAGAUGUGUGUACAAUGACAGUUCCUACAUAUUCCAAAAUUUACUUUGCUAAAUACAUUUUUUUAUGAGUGGGUUUGAAUGUUUUUA